GGCUGGGGCGGGACUCCGCUGCGGGGAGGAGGCGAGGGGGGAGCCGAGGGGAAUUUGGUAAUGGCGACGGGUUUGUCAGAUACUUUGGAGCAUCCUAACAUGGUGUGGAAAGUGAAGACAAAUCAAAUGCCUAAUGCUGUUCAGAAACUCCUUCUGGUAGUGGACAAGAGAACUUCAGGGAUGAAUGAGUCACUGGAGUUGCUGAAGUGUAAUGAAAACCUGCCCUCUUCUCCUGGAUAUGCAUCCUGUGAUGAACACAUGGAACUUGACGAUCUUCCUGAACUACAGGCUGUGCAGACAGAUUCUACCCCACCUGCACUUUUUCAGCUUGGUGCUGAUGUUUCACAUCAGGAAUGUUCAAGGCCUUCGUGGAACCAACAUACCUCAAACAGCAAUUCAGAAAGUGCUUAUUCUUGUGAGAAUGGGGUGAACUGGUUGACAGAAUUAGCAAAUAUAGCCACAAGUCCUCAGAGUCCUUUGAUGCAGUGCUCUUUUUAUAACAGAUCAUCUCCUGUUCACAUAAUAGCUACAAGCAAAAGUUUACAUUCCUAUGCACGUCCUCCACCAGGAUCUUCAAAGAACGAUCCCAACUUCUCCAAGAAUGAUGUGGAUGAAACACCAGUCAGACAUGAAAGAGCAAAUAGUGAAUCAGAAUCUGGCAUUUUCUGCAUGUCAUCACUUUCAGAUGAUGAUGAUUUAGGAUGGUGCCAUUCCUGGCCCUCAACUGUUUGGCAUUGUUUUCUAAAAGGCUCUCGUUUGUGCUUUCAUAAAGGACGCAAUAAAGAAUGGCAGGAUGUUGAGGAUUUUGCAAGAUCUGAAAGCUGUGGGAAAGAGGAAAAUCUCCCAGCGAGUCCUUACAAGGGCUAUGGUUCUGAUGGACUGAAGUUGAUUUCUCAUGAAGAAAGCAUUUCCUUUGGUGAGUCAGUGCUGAAGCUGACUUUUGAUCCUGGCACAGUGGAAGAUGGCUUGCUUACAGUAGAAUGCAGACUCGAUCACCCUUUUUAUGUUAAAAAUAAAGGUUGGUCAUCUUUUUAUCCAAGCUUGACUGUGGUACAGCAUGGCAUUCCAUGCUGUGAAAUGCAUCUUGGAGAUCUGUGUCUACCUCCUGGACACCCUGAUGCCAUUAACUUUGAUGAUUCAGGUGUUUUUGAUACAUUUAAAAGCUAUGAUUUUACCCCAAUGGAUUCCUCUGCAGUUUAUGUGCUAAGCAGCAUGGCUCGCCAGCGUCGCGCUUCUCUGUCCUGUGGAGGAUCAAACAGUCAGGAUGCUGAGAGAUCAGAGUGCAGUAGUAAAAACUGUGCAUCUACUGCAUCGUCACAUCUUUCCUCCAGUUCUUUGUACAACAAAGCUGGCAAAAGCCAUAGCUCAGGGACUGCAAGUACUGUGAGUGCCACUUCUCCAAACAAGUGCAAAAGACCAAUGAAUGCCUUCAUGCUUUUUGCCAAAAAAUACAGAGUUGAAUACACUCAGAUGUAUCCAGGGAAAGACAACAGAGCCAUAAGUGUGAUACUUGGUGACAGGUGGAAGAAAAUGAAAAACGAAGAAAGACGGAUGUACACGCUAGAAGCCAAGGCCUUGGCAGAAGAACAGAAACGUCUAAAUCCUGACUGUUGGAAACGAAAACGAACAAAUUCUGGCUCACAACAGCAUUAAGCCAGAAUUUUCCUGUUAACUCUGUAUUUACAAAAUGGCUGUUGCUUGAUGGCAAGAAGAUGCACGAUCAAGGUCUUACUAUUUGUUGUGACUUUGUGUGACCAUAAAAUACUGGCACCAUCAAGUUGGAAAUGAUCUAAUAUGAGUGCAGAUUUGCUUUUUACAAUAGAACAUUAAGUAAGCUAAAACUAUCAACAUUUUAAACCAAAUUGCCUUAUUUUUCUUCCAAACUUCAUAUAUGUAUCAGGUAAUAUAGGCUUGAAAAUGGAUAUCCUGUGGUGCUAAAGUACUUUAGAAAGAGGCGAAGGAGACGUGUAUAAAUGUUUAUUUUUAAAAGAAAAUGUACAAAAAGGGGAAUUUUAAAAUAUGUAACAGCUGUUUAUAUACAUUGAUUCUUAUUGCUGAUUAAUAUGUAUUGCACAACCAUAUUAUUAAUUACGAGUCUGGGGCCUGGGCUUUUCUGAGAUGGCAAGAUGCGUUAUGUGGUAGUGUCCCAGCCCACCCAGGCGCCAGCACCGCACCGCGGCGAGCGCAGCGUAAGGAGCGCGGAGCCGCUGCUCGCAUUGCCCCGGAGGAAGUGUGUCCCCACAAGGGGGUGAGAGAUCCUGCACAAGCUGGCACUAGAGACAGCUGAUGUUGCCGGUGGAAACCAUGGCCCGGGACAGGAUGAAACAAAUAAAUAGCGUUAUCUCCAGAAAAAUGGUGCUGUUGAUACCAUCACCAUCAUAGUUUUAACUCUGUGUUUUGUCUUUGCCACAUACUCUACAAUACUUUAUUUUGCCAUAAGACAUCUUUAUGGUGGGGGCAGACUUUGCACUUAACUAUACGUGCAACACUUGCACUUUACUUUUUUUUCCUCCAACUGUCUACAAUUAGAGCAGCUGCAUUAGGAUUCCAACUGCUUCUGCUGUGAACUUUUACAAUCAUGGCUUUUUGUCUACUAAACAGCUGUGUGUUCCUUUUUUUUUUUUUUUUUAAGAAUCACAACUGUAAAUUUCAGUUUAUGACACGUCUUCGUGAUGUUGCCCCUAAGAUUUUUGCACACUAUAUUCUUGUAUAUUAUUUCAAAUAAAUCCAUUAAAAUCUGGUGUUGUGUAUUAUAUAAAACGAAGGACUGAUCAUGAAGUCAGCCCCGCGGGAUGAGCACCUUGCACCUAGAAGUCUGUACGUGAACCUGUCCAAAGCGUGUGUGAUGCUGUGCAGUGAGGAAGCUGUUGAAGGAUUUCAAAUACUGCACACUCAAGGUUGGAGAGUCAACAUUCUUUAUUACAGUUUAAGCCAAAAGAGAGUUGAAAUCUAUAUAAAUUAUUUCCAAGCAAAGAGUAGUGCAAUAAGAGAGUAAUUUCUGUUAUUUAUAAAUACUUUUCUUUGUGUUAAAAUUAGUGAUUUUUAGAUGAAAACUGAUGAUUCUGGCGUUUAGAAGUACUGAAUAAGGCUAAAAUGUAUCCAACUGUUCAUACUUACAAGAAAAAGAGCUACUUCCUUAUUUGAGAUACUCAUCAAUUCCACUGCAGUGUUCAAGCAUGUUCUAGUUUUUCUGAAUUCAAAAGGAAUGCUAAAGAAUUAUGUUUUCAUUAGAUGUGGACUUACAGCACAUAAAAACUGUACAAUUUCCUUACGAUAUUUGUGUAUAAAUAAGUUCCUAUAAUGCAAACAUAAAGCAAGAAGACAGAAGUUUCACAGAUGAAGUAGGUAAACACAUUUCCUUGUAAAGCUUACAUAGUUGGGAAUGCAGUAUCUGUGUGGCACCAAAGACCCCUGACUGCAGUACUGUGCCAGGAUUGGAGAGAGUUGCCCACAUUGGUUCACUGAAGGGUUGAGAUUGCUUUCUGCAGCAGCUGAACCAUUAUGGGAUAGACCGGUGCAAAUUCCUUUCCCUCUCUCGUUCGCACCGAUUGAACGUAAGCCUCCAGGGCACCACUAAAAUAAAGGAAAAAGCAAUUGAUAGUGUGCAGGUAGUGCAAGUUAAGGAGCUGCAACUGAAAUUGACUUCUUCCCUGCUACAGAAUUUGCCUCAGAUGAUCUUGCAUGUCCCUGUGGAAGGAAGUGGCCACGAAAGGCCUUACAAAGCUCUACAUAAUUGUUCCAUGAUCAUUUUUCUCCUUUCUUGCAUGUUUUGAGGAGUGAACAAGUUAACAUUUAAAUAAGCAGCGGCAGCAUGUUG